AUGACUCUGGAUCUGAACACAGUUUGUUAUGUAGAGAGUUCUGAAAUUCAGCGAAGAAAGGGAGAGAACUUAAGAUCUUCUGCAGCCUCCCAAAUAUGCUCAUAUAUUGCAGGUGAUCCAAGGGUUUCAACUGUUAAUAUAAUCUGGAUUAGCCCUGAUACAUCAACUUGGAUUAGUAGCCAAUGCAAGAGCCAAAGGGGUGAACUGGCUUUGGAUGUUGUUCUUGAGAAGGAUGCGGUGAAGCAGACUGGUGAUGCUUGGAGGGUUGUGAUGGAUGCCUGUCUUCCUGUCACCCAGUUGAUAGAUACAAACCGCUCUAUUCCAUAUGCCAUCAAGCAAGUCCAAGAAUUGCUUGGAAUUUCUUGUGCAUUUGAGCAAGCUGUUCGGCGCCUAUCAACAUCAGUAAUGCUGGUUACAAAAGGUGUUCUCAAGGACCAUCUUGUGUUACUGGCUAACAGUAUGACAUGUGCUGGUAACUUAAUUGGCUUCAAUAUUGGAGGUAUAAAAGCUUUGUCACGAUCGCUAGAUGUGCAAGUGCCUUUUACAGAAGCAACAUUAUCUGCUCCAAGGAAGUGUUUUGAGAGAGCUGCUGAAAAGUGCCAUGUUGACUCUUUGUCAAGUGUCGUAGGGUCUUGCUCCUGGGGUAAACAUGUAGCUGUUGGUACAGGAUCACCAUUCGAUAUUCUUUUGGACACGAAAAAGGUUGAACUCAACCAACCAGCUGGUAUCGAUGUGUAUGAUUUCCUUCAGUUGGUCAGAGGCAGCUCUGGCGGAGAUGAAACAAACACCACUUGUCUUGGAGCAGAAAUUGAGAAUCUGGACUUGGAAGAUGAAGCUAUGACUUUUGACUUGUCUCCUGUUCGCGACUCUGAUCAGCCAACUUUUGAAGAUAGACAUGAGCUUGAAAACAAUUUAGCAAAUCCAAGGUCCAAGGAGAGCAUCCAGAGAGAAUUGGGUUGGGAGAGGGAUUCACCUCAAACUGCUGAACUAGGUGGUGGUUGGGAAAAGGCAAGCAAAGCCCAAAAUACCAGUGCCAACGUGCUAGUGUCAGAUUCUGCUUGGGCUAGUUGGGGUGGUGGUACAGUAGGCAAGGAGGACAACUUCUCCACGAUGGCAAAAGAAGAUUCACGCAGCUUUACUGACUGGAAUUCUACACAACCUGGUAGUUUGAAGCAGUCAGGAUCAUCAUCUGCGUGGGGGGAAAUGGUUGAUAAUGAAAGGGAUUCACCCCGUAGCAGCUGGGAGCAGGCAGCUGAUAAAUCUGGAAAUGUUUGGACCGGCAAAAAAGUCUCAGAUUCGGCUUGGUCCAGUUGGGGUAGUAGUUCAGUCGAUAAGGAGGCCAGGUUCUCUAACGGCGUCCAAAAAAAUUCUCCGAAGUAUGGUGAGUGGGGUGCGAAGGAACCUCGAAGUACUGGCAAGCAAUCAGAAUCUUCGCCUGCCUGGAAGAAAAUUGAUUCUCUGGGGAAUUUACCUUUAACUGCCAAAGCCAGUGGAGGUUGGGAUCAGAAAUUUGACAAGGACCAAAGGCAUGCGGCCCAAACAACAGCACUGGAUCCUGGUUGGUCCAGUUGGAAUAAUUGUGAACCAGUUGAAAGAGAUAGCUUUUCUAAGAGGGUUCAAGAAAGAUCUUCCAGUGAUGGUGAAUGGGGCAAAAAAUCUCAAGAUACUGCCAAGCAGUCGGGAUCUUCAUUUGGUUGGGGGAAGAAGUUUGAGGCUGGGAGUAAUUCACCUUUAACUACAAACGGGAGUGCUUCAUGUGGUAGUGGAGGUUGGGAGCUGGCACUUGACAAAGCCCAAAGGCUUGUUUCCCAAGCAACAGUUAGUGAUCCUACUUGGUCCAGUUGGGGAUCUGGUGAAACAAACAAGGAAGAGAUAAUAUUAAACAGUGGGCAAGGAGAUACUUCCAAUGAUCAUAAAUGGGGUGCAAAGGAAUCUGAAAGCACAGGGAAGCUGUUAGGAUUUUCAUCUGGUUGGGGGACAAAGGUGUCUUCUAAUGAGAAUAAGACAGAUGAAAACAAGGACCCAGUUACAGUCACUACAGAAAAUUAUAGUGAUUGGUCCAAGAUGAACACUGAUGCAGUUCAAGGUGAACGUAGCUUGCCUACAAAUUCUGAAGAAGGUUCUUGGAGAUCUGGUGGAGCAGUUGGAAUUGACACUGAUGGAGAGAGGAACAAAUCUACUGGCACACACGCGUGGGAGAAUAAGAAAGAUGCACAUUCUCAGAGGGGUCCACGGAAAUGGUUUAAAGGGAAUGGAAAUGUAAGUUCUCGAGGUUGGGGUUCACCCAGUAACGGAGAUUGGAGAAACCAAAGAAAUCGUCCUGCUAAGGCUGUUGACAAUGUUGGUGCAAGUGGAACUUUCACAUUAACAAAGCAGCGGCUGGAUUCUUUCACAGCAGAGGAACAGGACAUUCUUUCGGAUUUCGAACAGAUGAUGCAGAACAUCAGGCGAAUAAUCCAUCAGACUGGGUACAAUGAUGGUGAUCCUCUAUCUGCUGAUGAUCAGUCAUAUGUUGUAGAUAAUGUCCUCAAUUAUCAUCCAGAGAAAGUAUUGAAGAUUGGUGCUGGAAUCAAAUAUAUAAUGGUUUCUAAGCACGCAAGCUUUCAGGAGAGUAGGUGUUUUUAUGUUGUCUCUACUGAUGACCACAAGCAAGAUUUUUCAUAUCGUAAAAGCCUGGAGAACUUUGCCAGGAAAAAGUAUCCUGACAAGGCUGAUGCUUUCCUGGCAAAGUAUUUCAGCAGAAAGCCUCCCCGUCCUGGUUGGAGCAGAGACCAUGCUUCUACUCCAGAUGAAGCUGGAAGUCGGCAAGAACAGUAGUUCCUUUUUCCAGCUAACAUCCUCCUAGUGACAGGAAGUUUGCUGCUCAUUUUCCUCUAGAGCAGUCAUUAAUUAGUGUUUAUCUUUGCUAUUCCAUCGAAUCUGAUAUCCAACCUAGGAAAACUUUUGCUUCUUUAUUGGCACUUCAGUUGUACAGUUGUACAGGCAUCUAACUUAAAUCAGGACUUGUGGUUGCUGGAAAGUCACUGUAUCCACAGGGAAGUCUAGCUGUACAUCCUUCUGCUGGGCAAAAGCCAUUAUCGGUUAAUUAAAAUCCUAUCUUCUUCAGAAUCAUAUUUUAUGUAUCAAUAUCGUUUGCAA